AUGCUCUGGUCGUGGCUUCCCGUCUACUUGGCGCUUGCUGCUAUCGCCGCCUGCUCGCUGUUCCAGAUCGACUCUUCUGCGUGGGAGAAUUCCCGGUACUACCGGAAUCUCGACCUCUCGAACUCGUACGUCACCGAGCGCUGUUUGAUCGAGGUCAAGAACAUCUCGCCCGAGACCCAGGACUUGUACGUGUUGCCAGUCAACGACGGCUUCGACGCCAUCACAAACGUGUCUCACUACGGAGUUGUGCUUGCGGAGCGCAAGGAAAGUGCCCUUGUGGUCGAGUUGGAUGAGGGCAUCUACGCCGUCAAGUUCCCGAUCCCCAUUGCGCCGGGCUCGCUGAUCGAGUUGAACGUCAUGUUUGCCUACGCGGACUCCGUGACGCCGUUCCCCCCGAAAAUCGACAUGGAGGACCACCAGCAGUUGCUCCUCAAGCUCAACAAGUUCUGCUACUCGCCGUACGUGACCUCCGAGUACUCGAUGACGUUCCAGGGGCUCCCCAAGGGCCAGGAAAUGGAGUUGGUGGGAGCGCCCGAGCCCACGCCCGACUUGCCCUCUUUGGAGCCGCGCGUGGACAAAGAGUCUCGCACGUUGACCUACGGCCCGGUCCAGGCCACGAUCCCGUCGUACUCCGUCUGCCCCAUGGGUCUCUUGUACGAACACAACAGGCCGUUGACCCACGUGACCAACUACGAGAGAAGCUUUUGGUUGCCCGGCUCCGACGUGGACGUGGUGCUGACCGAGGAGUACUACGAGCUCUACAACCGAGGUGCCGAAUUGAAGACCGGCUUUUCGCGCACGGACUGGUUGAAGGGCCGUUUCGAGCUUCUCCAGGACCACCACGCGCUCUCCCACUUGAUCUUUGCCGUUGACGAGACGGCGCCGUACAAUGACUACUAUGUCACGGACAAAGUGGGCAUGGUGUCCUCGCACAAGAUCACGCACGACAACCUUGUCGUGCAGCCAAGAUUCCCGCUCUUUGGCGGCUGGAAGUACAACUUCACGCUUGGCUGGACCAACUCGCUCGAGACGUUUGUGCGGAAAGUGGUGGACGAGGAGGACACGUACGUGGCCCAAUUCCCACUCUUGAACUCGCUCAAAGACGUCCACUACGACAAAGUAUCCAUCAACUUCUACUUGCCCGAGAAUGCUGUGUACCUCAACGCCAGCGCUGCGGAGCCUUUCAAGAAUGUGCUGGUGGGCACCGACUUGAGCUACCUCGACGUGUCGGACGGCCACGUGAAGGUCACGCUUGAGUUCACGAACGUGAUUGACGCCGUCGCCAACACGCACGUCUUGAUCAAGUACAAGUAUCCUGCUGCCAGCUACUGGCACAAGGUGGGCAAGAUCGCCGCGUUCGUGUUUGCCGGGUUCAUGAGUUACUACGCGUUGGGGCUGGUGAACCUUUCCAUUGAUCAGUAA